CUGUGGCCUGAUCCCACAAGAUGCCAAAAGAAGAGGCUUACUUCAUCAAUGGGUCCCCCAGGAAAGGGCACGGCCACUCCCACAUCACAGCUGAAGAGGCUGCAGGGAUUGGCAUCCUGACCGUGAUCUUGGGAAUUUUACUGCUUAUCAGCUGCUGGUACUGUAGAAGACGAAGUGGAUACAGAAGCUUGAAGGACAAAAGCAUUCAUGCUGGUACUCAAAGUACCUUAACAAGAAGAUGUCCAGGUGAGGGACUUGGUCACCAGGACAGCAAACUGCCUUCUCAAGAGAACAAUUGUGAACCCGUGGUGCCCAAUGCUCCACCUGCUUAUGAGAAACUCUCUACAGAACAGUCACCACCACCUUAUUCUCCAUGAGAG